AUGGAACUACUCAUUUUCGGAGGUAUUGCUCUGUUUUCGGCCGGUGUUGGAGCAGGCUAUUAUACGUGUUAUUACAAACCACUAUCCGAGGCUGAAGAGAGGAAUAUUAAACAAGCUCCUUCAGCGACUUUGAUUGAACAAUCAUCAAGUGUUGAGUCGAUAGUAAAUAACGGAAAAAUUACAGAUCGAGAUUAUUUUCAUAAACUAGGAGGAGCUCGUGGCAAUAGAAAUUCCUCAGAAUUAUUGAUGGAUGGAAUAAUUAUAAAUAAUAAUCAUGAUGAUGAAAAUGAAGGAGGAGUUUCCAAUACGAUGGAAGGAUACGAAGAGCUGCCCGAACAUGCUAUUUCUCUCGUUUUGCAAAAAAGUGGAAAACAAGUAACGACGCAUACAAGUGCAGUAAGAUUUGAUUGUACAAAGCCGUCAUCGUUAUUGAAUAAUCAAAAUAACAAAGGCUCAACAUCCGUCUCGAUCAAUCAAGUAGCAUCCGAAAAUUUAGAUGGCGACAUUGAUUUGGAUAAGUUUUUGAGAAAGGAACAAGAAAUGAAGGACCAAGCUUUUGAAGAAAGCAUUAAGGAAAAACAUCCUUACGGAUUUUAA